GGAUGGUAUAAAACGGGCAGAGCGCGGGGAGCUCAGCAUCCUCAGCAUCACCGAGCGGACUAACGAGACGCAGCUCCGGUAACCGGUAACGGAUUAUUAACGGCUCUUUGGACGCGAUGCUUCUGGAGCGAGAUGACAGCUUCAUGUCCGAGUUUGAGGACGCGUGCAGCGCCUGGGUGGACAGCGUGGGCUCGAGCCCCAGUGACGGAGGAGAGUCUGAUGUGGGCUCACCUUUCUGCUCAGUAUUCUCUCCUGGAACUGACGCCUCGGACUCAGAUUUCUUCUCCGACUUCAGUGACUGCUCCUCGGACACUCUCUCUCCGUCCCUUGGCUACACGAGCAGCUUCUUUGUAGAACCGGAGGCACCGGCGGGACUGAGCAGCACCGCGGACGCCAUCCUGAACAUGAUCACGGAGAUCGUGGGGAUCUGCACGGAGAUGGAGCAGCAGGACCCGGCUGCAGCCUCCGCAUCGCCCCCGCUUUUCUCUCCCGGCUCUGACGUCCCUCCUCCGGCUGCAGCUCCGCAGCCUCCCGCCUCCGCCACUCCUCCGGUUGUGAAGACCGAGUUUCUGAGCUCCAGCUGCAGCAGCGGCUGUCCGCAGCCUUCCACGGCCGGCAGCGACGCUCUGUUCCCGGUCGGCCCCGACGCGCUGCUGCCGCUGGCGGCUCUGGAGCAACAGGUGGAUGUCUGUGAGUUCAUCGACUCUCUGCUGAGCUCCGAGGCCGGCCAGGGCGAGCUGAAGCCCGGCUGCGAGGUGAAGCAGGAGCCGCUGGGGCUGGAGGACUGGCUGAAGAGUUUGGCGGCGGCUCCGGUUACCGGAGGAGAUUCCGGCAGCUACGUCAUCAGCAGACCGGCAGUGAAGACGGAGCUCGCGCAGAGUGGAAACGAGCCGCUCUGCCCCCCCUCCUCCCUCCCCUCCACCCUGGACGCGCACCUGCUGUCCUCACUCCUGCAGGGCGCGUUCCCGAUAGUAAACAUCAACAGCGUGCACGCGUCAGGAGCCCCCAAGGUGGCGCGCGCCAGCCGGAGAGCUCCCGCCAGGGGCGCGCUAAAGGUGAAACCGUUCCCGUGCUCCGUUCAGGGGUGCGAGCGCCGCUUCUCCCGCUCGGACGAGCUCAACAGGCACGUGCGCAUCCACACCGGACAGAAGCCGUUCCAGUGCACCAUCUGCGCGCGCAGCUUCAGUCGCAGCGACCACCUGACCACGCACACGCGCACGCACACCGGAGAAAAGCCCUUCUCCUGUGACGUGUGCGGCAAGAGGUUCGCGCGCAGCGACGAGAGAAAGAGGCACGGGCGCGUGCACGUCAAGCAGCAGCUUCGCGCACAGAUGAUGGCCGCCUACUCUCUGGCACUGAACGCGCCUGGCGUGUAACAGCGGCGCCGGUGCGCGCUCACGUUGUCGCGGCCACGAGGCUGCCGCGGAUUUAAACCGACGACCUGGAAGACGUCAGACGCACGUUUCCAUGUGACGUCACAUGAGGACUGACAGGUGUUUACAGGUGUGCAGAGGGCUCCUCUCACCGCGCAUGCGUGGCUGCAGCCCCUGCAGGAGGCCAAGGGGCCUCAGGAGGUUCAGGUUUAGGACUCUGGGUCCGGGUCUGGUCCGGGACCUGCUGGGAGUCAGAACCUCGACCGGAGCGGAGCACCGGAACACAGCGGGACUCUACUUCCGGUGUUUGCAUGAGGACUGAACGGACCGGAAGUCGUGUGGUGUUUCCUGUGAGGACUAUGAUGUUUUUAUGAAUCUACUGGACUCUGAUUGGUCCGAGCCGCAGCGGUGCAUUGUGGGAGUUCGUCCUGUGGCUGCAGCUCAGUGUUGAUGUUUGUGCAUGAAGGCGCUGUCAAUAAACAAACAAACAAACAAACAGACAA